AUGCGCGCCCGCAGGGUCGAUCGCACCCGCAACACUCCCGCGCAUGUCGAUCCCCUCGCUCUCAUCAAGAAGAUGCCCGUUCUCGCAGAGGGCUGGCUCUAUGUUGCGGUACAUGCCGCUCCCGGGCUGGCCCAAGGGCCCAUCACGAAAUGGAUCUUUCGCAGAAAUGUCGUUAAGAGAUUCGCCCAGGUCCGCGGCAACGUUGUUUUGCUCUAUAUGCAUAGGAGCGACCCUGUAAGAGAAAUCUUCAGCCCUGUCGGCUGCGCUGUAUCCUCGGCCGAUACCGUUGUUAACAGGAAGGGCGCCGUCGAACACAAUGUCAAUAUAGCCAAGAAUGGCUAUACCAUACAGCUCAGGCUCAAAUCGGAGGCUGACGCAGACCUCUGGGCUGCCGUUUUGCGUGAUAUCAGCCUUGUCCGUCAGCCCCGCCUCGCCGACUUUCAACUCGUUGCUCCCAUCGGCGAGGGCGCAAGCGGCAAAGUGUUUCUUGUCCGUGACACCAAGACUGGGCGCAAACUCGCGCUAAAGUGCAUGAGCAAGAAGGGCGGCUCUUUUGGCUACAGUGCCAGCGAGUUUCGUCAUGCUGUCGACGAGCGUCUGGCCCAUGAGCAUAUGAACCAUACCGAUUUCAUUGUCUGUCUUCGUCACGCUUUUCAGACCCACGACAAACUGUAUCUGGCUACUGAGUUUUGCGAGGGAGGCGAUGUCUACAACUUCGUCGACGUCCAAGGCGGCGGAGUCACAGAAGACCAAGCCCGCAUUAUCACAGCUCAGGUCCUUCUGGGUUUGAAGGCUCUUCACGAUGCGGGUAUCGUUUUCCGCGACCUCAAACCAGAAAACGUUCUUCUCGACAAGGAAGGCCUUGUGCGAUUGGCUGACUUUGGUCUGUGCAAGGUCUUCGAUGAAUCUACUUUGCUCACACGCACAGUUUGCGGAACAUUUUCGUACGCCGCUGCGGAGAUUUUGGAAGAGUCGGGAUACGGAAUGUCAUGCGAUCUCUGGGCCUUAGGCACGUUUUUGUACCAUAUUAUGAUAGGCAGACCGCCGCGUGUCGCCGCUUCCUUGCAGGAGGCAAGAGACAACAUCUUCAACAGCAAAGAGCCCAUCAUUUGGUACAGCGACGUCAUGUCAGAACAGGCCAUGGCUCUCGUUACAGCCCUAAUAGAAAUUGAUCCGGACCGGCGGUUGGGCUGUGGUCCACAAGGCAUUGCAGAAGUGUGCGCACAUCCAUUCUUUAAGGAUCUCGAUUGGAUGGCCCUCGCAGAAGGAGAGAUUCCACCCUACGUCACAAAAGAAUUGCCGCCAGCAGAGCUUGGAGACCUGCGAAACUUUAACCAAGACGAGUGGAAAUCGAUUCAGAUGGAUCCCGACCAGGACAGUCCAAGUUAUACCGAAUCUGUGCUUUGGCCACCACGCAACUUGGUGUCCAACCCGCUUCCCAGUGAUUUUUUAGUUUCAUACAGUUACAGUUGUGAAACGGUUGCUGGUGUGCUUCACACACGCCCACGGAGAGGACCCCUUAACUAGAGAUAAAGCGCAUUCUGCGAGAAGAGGUUUCGGCCUCUCUUGCCGUUUCUGUACGUCAAGCUUAAAACUAUUAGGCCCAGUGGUUUGAAGUAUAAGUAUCGAUACUGUCUAUCCCUUCAACGACAUUUCAAUGAGAAUCGUAAACGGUUUUUAUUAA